GAAGAAGAGAGAUGUUCGUCUGCAAGCCUUAUGUAGUGUAAACAUAAGUUGUAAACAGAAAGGGGUCAGAUGAGGUCUGCUUACAAUGGGGUGCUCAGGUAGUGUACCAGCUGAGUCUGGCAGAGACCUACAUGCACCUCGUCAUGGUGAUCAGGUGACAGAACAGGCAGAACGUGAGCGUGAGGACAGAUACUCUGAUGUGGGUUUACAGAAUAGGAACAACAGUGGACUAGAGGGAAGAGAGGUUAAAGGUGACCCAAAACAGCAGUCCAGUUGUGCCAGUGGUAACUCAACAGAUCAUGUGACUCCUGUGCAGCAAAAUGCACCAAUCAGUAUAGAGGAAAAACAGACAGCUUCUGUGAAAAUUAAAGGCUGUAUCAAUACAGAUCAAAACAGCACUGGAAUUCCAAGGGAAGUAACUGCAUCAGUAGGGUCUGAAGCAGACAGCACGCCAACAAUACAGGCUGAUGAUAAAACCAGAACAGGUGAGAGCCUGAAGGAAAACUUCCACACAACAGUGAUUUCUGAUCCAACCAUAAUAUCUAACAAAGAAAUCAAACGAGGAGAAACUGUGCCAGUUGUGGAAGACAGAGAUCAGACCAUGUGUAACACUGGCAUUAAUGGACUGAAUCUGUGUGUGAAACCUGAAAGUUUUAUUGCCAGUGUGAAGGACACUGUGAGAAGUUUGACACUGCCCAGAGCACUGCCUUACACUGUGGAUAUAUAUAGGCUUAUGAAAACACUAACAAAUUUACAGGUGCUGGAUGUGUCAAACAACCAGCUGGGUCCUCAGCCAUUUCGGUUACUAAUGCUAGCUGUGGCCACAAACACCAGUCUGAUCAGUCUGAAAGCUGCUAACAAUGGAGCUGACACAGACUCUGCGGCUUGUGUCGGUAAACUUGUCGCUUCCAACAGCUCGUUGUUAUACCUGGAUGUCUCAGGUAACCAUUUAGGUAAGGAUUACCUGUCCAGGUGUUUGAGCUCAGCUGUGAAGGUGAACAGCACACUUGAAACACUCAGGCUGGAGGGCACAGGUGGCACAGACUUAACAGAUUUGCUGGAGGGAUUAACCCACAACUCCACAUUGACACACUUGGAUAUCAGCAAUAACCACAUUUCUGACAGGGUGUCUGUUGGAACAGCGUUGAAGAAAUGUCUGCAGAAAUCUGACUGUGUUCUGCAGUCCAUAAACCUGAGGAACUGUAACCUGAGUGCAGAGGGACUGGAGAAGCUAAGGGAAGGGCUGAAUGCAAACACGUCUCUGGUGGAGCUCGUUGUCAGUGGUAAUGAGUUCCAGGCCCUGGAGAACUUGGCGAGGUUUUUGCUGACCUGCUGUAGUCACACAGGUUUACAACAGUUGAUGUGUGAGAAUAGCAAGAUAUCUGAACACACAUUGACAGCGGCAUGGCCCCCAGUGAUGGUCUGUUCAAACUUAGGACUGAUGAACCUAUGUAACUCAGGAGUGACCACAGAAUUAUUGAUGAAGCUGGAGACCGUGCUGAAGGGGAGACUACUUUGUCUGGAAGACAUCAAUCUUGGUGACAACCCAGCUCUAUCACCUCAGUGUGUUUCAAAUAUUCUGGCCAUGACAACUGGGGAUUCAGGUCAGAGUUCCCUCACCCGACUCACCUUUGGCCUCAACAAUGUCGAGGAAUUACCAGAUAUCCUCACCAAAAGUUGUCUCCCUUUCCUCAACUACCUCAAUCUAAGGAAGGCCAAAAUCAGUGCUGCUGGUGUCAGCAAGCUUCAAUCUCUGAUCACACCAAAGGAAAAACCCAUGAAGACCCUUGUCCUGGAUGGACUGAAGUUAGCAGGGACGGAGGCUCUGAAAGGGUUACUUGGUAAACCAUCUGAGUGCAGCCUGGAUGCUCUGAGUCUCAGUGGUUGUCUGUUGAAUGAUGCUGACCUCUCACCCUUGAUAUCUGGCCUCGGAACUGGACUCUCACUGCACAUGCUCAAGCUGUCAGCCAAUAGAAUCACAGACAGAGGUGUCAGUGAUCUAGUGUCUGCUCUCCUGGGGAACAAGCAUCACCCAUUGGCUGUGUUGGACCUCAGCAAUAAUCAGGUAGGCCCUGAGGGUACACUCUCUCUGUGUGGACUUUUCUCUACCAAGUCUCACAGAAGUUGUCUUCACAGCCUCAACCUCAGUCACAACAAUAUAGACAAGGCAGGUUUGGCUUGCUUAGUGAGCCAUGUAGGUAGUCAGAUUAAAACUCUGUAUGUGAAUAACCAGAGCGUCAGUCUGGAGGAAGACGAGAUCUCGGAAGUAUUGACACACCUGGGGAAGAAACUAGGUUACAGCAUUCAAGCAGAUGAUAGUGGAAAGUUAAUAGAGAAAUCUGGGGCUAACAUCAACACUGAUGGCAUCUUUGUCAACCUGUCAGGACUGGGAGGACAUUUUGGAGAAGUAGGCCGACUACUAGACUGUGUGUCGAUUGUCACAGAUUACAGGGCUAAACAGGUGCCUUUCCUUUCCUUGCAACAUAUCUGUCAGAUAGCAGCUGUCCUUAGGAAUUCAGGCACACAAACAGUGGUACUAUCCUCAGAAGAGUGGAACAUCAUCACUGGCUGUAAGAAAGAUCGAGAAAUUCCAUCCUGGCUCCAGGUGGACGAGUGCCGUAAGCGAGCUGUCUACCUGACAAAUCUCCCUGGUACCACAACCACACGGCGCCUUGAAGGAUUGUUUGAAUCUGAGGCUGAUUGUGAAAUUGAUGAGAUUUGCCUCCUUAAGGAUCCUGUCAGUAGUAAGAUGAAUGGCUUGGCGUGGAGCCUGAUGUCAGACAUUGAUUCUGUCCAACGUCUCAUGGAAUACUUUCAUCGUGGCGAGGCCCAGGUGUUUGGCCAGCCUUUCCUCAUCUCUCCCCUCCUGGUCAGUGUGGAUGAUGUUGCCAGCACAGAAGUCGAGCAGCAAGUCAGGCCCAGGUGUUUGGCCAGCCUUUCCUCAUCUCUCCCCUCCUGGUCAGUGUGGAUGAUGUUGCCAGCACAGAAGUCGAGCAGCAAGUCAGACUCAGGUGUUUGGCCAGUCUUUCCUCGUGUCUUCCCUCCUGGUCAUUGUGAAUGUUGUGACCAGCAUGGAGGUGGAGCAGCAUGUCAGACUCAGGUGUUUGGCCAGUCUUUCCUCGUGUCUUCCCUCCUGGUCAUUGUGGAUGUUGUGACCAGCACGGAGAUGGAGCAGCAUGUCAGACAAGACAGAGAACGUCGGACAAAAGAGAGGAAAUCUGAUGACGUCAGCCAUAGGAACCUCAUACGUCAGAGCGCCGAGGAGUCAUGGAAACGGCACGCUUAUCGCUUGGCUCAUCCCGCGUAUGCCGACGGAAGGGUUUGGUGA